UUCAUCAACAGCAGUUAACAGUUUAUCAGAAGGAAGCUGGAUAGACUGGUAGCUAUGAAGAGGACUGGUUGCCCGGUUACUAGCCCUUCUUUGUUCCCACAAGCAGGGAUACAUAAAGGUCUUAAUAUCCCAAACACUUUCAGGAUUAAAAUAUUUCAAUAAGCCUUACUGCUCUCUGACACAAAUAAGGAUGCUUGUGAGAGAUGGAAACAUUUUAGGAGACCAGGUAUGAAAUAAGGUUCACCAAGAACAGCAACAAGAUGACAUCUGUGCUCCAAAACGUCAAGGCAACAAUGGCCUGGCGGAAACACCAGCUCCUAGCUGACUUUGAUGAGAAUGAGAGUCCUGUACCUGACAAAUUCAAGAGAAGGGCUUCUUUGAGUUCUCUCAAUACCUUCCGCAUGUCUCUAAGAAAUCGGGUACCAUUAAAACAAGUAGACCUGAAUUUUCAUAAGACCCCAACCUGGGAAAGUCUGGAAGCAAGACAGAAUAGUCAAACUCUUCAGAGUAUUAAAAGAAAAGCAAAAAAUGCUUUUGGAACAGUGUCCCAGAAAAUACAGAAGUCUUGCCAAAGCCCAGUCCACUCAAUGGUAACAUUUCCAGCUAAAUCCAUCAGCAGAAGCUGUGCAACUGGGUCUACCAAGAAAAGAAGUACUACACCUCAAACUCCUUGCCAUAAUAAAAGUGUUACUCCACCAACCAGUUCCAAAGGCACGCCAAGAUCCAGCAGAAGAGCCUUGCCUGGGCCAACAAGGAUGUCCGAACAUAGAGAAUGGAGGGGUUUCUCCUCCUGGCUUGGUAAAGACACGGUCUCUCUUCGGAGAUCAAGAAGAGCAGCAGCACUGAAGAGCCCUUAUUCAUCCCCUGCUCCUGCCACAGGAAAGAUAGAGUUUGAUUGCGAGUUGGAGCUGGUCUCCUCAGGGAUUUGCAAAUUGAAGCAUAUCUCUCAGGCAUUCGAUGAAGCCCUUGUGCAGGAGGAGAGGCAACAUGCAAUAUCCAACUACUAUUCUCUAAUGGCACAAAACUUUCAGUCUGCACGUCGAUCUCAAAAACUUUCUCAAGCUAGCAGAAGGCAAGCAAAGAAACUCCAUCAAGCACUUGGUACCUAGACAGAGAAAAGUUGUAACUAUUGUUAGUUUCUGAGCAUAUGUAAAGGAGAGCUCUGUGUAGCACCUGAAAGAGUGCACUCUAUAUGUUGAACAAGCCAUUACAUUUUAUAAUCUUUCUUAACAAAGCAGCUCAGGACUUCGCUUCUUUUCAAGUAAACAGCAGAAUCAAAAUUGUACUAGAGUUUAUUAUCUCCUGCUGAGAUAAGGGACCGUCUUGGAUGUGACUUUGAUGAGGCAGUAAGUAGUUUCAAACUUGUGUUGAACUAACCAGUAGGAAUGGCCAGAGCAAGGGCCACAGAUGUACAAAGGGUGAUCAUAGUAAUGUUUAGACUGGUAUACAACUGACUUGAGUUUUAG